CACAAAGUUAACAAGUUACUAAUGUUGGUAUGAGUGAUAGUCAGUACCCUACAUUGCACUUUUGUAACAAUAAUUUGAUCUUACUGUGGGGUGUCACUCAAAAAGGUUAUCCAAACCAAGCACAUGGGAUAGAAAAUAUAGCAAAUCAUGCUUUCAAUGAAAACCAUUUCAUGGUCUUGAAGGAUGAUGGUGUAGUUGACAUAUGGUAGAAAAAGAUAUCAAGUUGUUGGGGUGAAAAAAGAGGCCAAGUUGUUGGGAGGGGCACAAGUGAUGUAGGGAUUGGAUAAAAUUAGAGCAAGAAAAUUAAAAAAAAUUAAGAACAAUAUCUUUUUAAAAAUGAAGAUUGUUGUGCUUUUGGCU